CCACACCACACACCCCCUUCCUAUAUCACACACAGCCCCCCCUUUUCCCACAAACCAGACGAAGCCUUAGCCGGAGCCUCAAAAAUCCCAGCCUUUCGCCUGGCUGUCGCUCGACUAUUCCCCCCCCCCUCCGACCCCUCUUGCCCCGUUCGCUGGCCGGUAUUUAUUCGCUGCCGACAGCUCGAGUUUCCUCUCCGGUCUCGAUCGCGGAUCAGCCUCGACCAAUCCUGUCCGGGACUCCCUCGCUCCAGGUCAUGUUGAGGCGGGAUCACGAUGCCCGUUUACCCCGGGAUGGACGAGUCCGUCGAUCCGAAUGACUCCAACCCCGGCCUGCCCUCUCUCGUCUCGUCGCCCGCCGAGGCUCACGACUUCGAGAACCACUUCCCCUACCCUCCGCCCUUCUCGGAUACGAUAGAGCCCUCGUAUCUGCAACUCUACCACACCUCCCAUGACGAUUCCUGCAUCGACAAAUGCCUAGUGACCUACAGCCCCCAGGGAGUGCACCGGAGCGCCUACGCGCCGCUGUUGCCCCUGAGAGCACGGUAUCCCCAGUCCUCGUUGGCCUAUCCCCAUCACCUCGUAGAAAGCAAUGCCUUCCAACCAUCAAACCCCGAGAUGGGGCCGCAGUUCCCCCCUUCGUACCCGGACCUCUUCUCGGACGUGAACCUCAACCGGUACGGCUUAAACAACGACCUCCGGCCGAGCCACCACGCCUCUAGCAGCGAAUCCCACAUAGGGAACCACUUCAAUGUUGCCGACCUGGGCGGCCCUUUGCGGCGCGCCGUUCCUGACGAUUGUGUGUCGGUCAACUGCAGCAAAUUCUCGUGCUCGAGCGACUGCUGCUCCACCCAGGUCUGCCAAGACGAGUCGUGCUCCGGGGAUGGCACGCCCUGCGACGACUUGGAUUGCUUCGACCAGGUUUCGCAGCCUCUCGGUCACCUCUGGCCCAUGGACCACAACUGGCACAGCGACAUGCAGCCGGACAUAAGCUCGAUGCUGCACAACCAGCCUUGCAACCAUACCAACACGGAGCAUGACGUUGCCAUCACGUUACGAGACCUGAGCGCGCCGGACGCUCCCACCAUCCCGCAACAGCAGCACGGUUUUCCGCAACUUGGGUGCCAGCUCGUUGACACGCUUGGCCCCUCGGCGGAUACGACUCAGAUGCUCCCCCCACCCGGACGGGCUCAUUCGAGCCUGUCGCGCGCUCACGAGACCGUCUCGACGUCGAAUCAUCUAGGCACCUUCUCAGAGACGCUGACCAAGGCGGGCAAGCAUGUGUGCCAGUGGAUUACCGGCGAUGCCGCGUCGGGGACGGAGGGGGUCUGUGGGCACGUCUGCAGCGACAGUUCCUCUCUCCAAGAACACCUCUGCGGCCAGCACAUAGCCCUCCUCUCGAGCAAGACCAAAUACCUCUGCCUGUGGAAGGGCUGCCCGCGACGUCACGAUCAAGCAUUCGCUUCCCGGAACAAGCUUCGGCGUCACAUCGCGACCCAUACUGCCUACAAACCACAUAAAUGCGACAUAUGCAGCGAGGGCUUCUCGGCGCAGCAGGCCCUCGACCAGCACGUCAGGACCCACACGGGGGAAAAACCGUACCAGUGCGACGUGGAGGGUUGCGACAAAUCGUUUAAGCAGAAGAGUGCUCUGACGAUGCACAAGCGCACGCAUACGGGCGAGAAGCCGCUCAAAUGCGAGAUAUGCGGCAAAUGCUUUUGCGAGUCGUCCAACCUGUCGAAACACCGCAAGACUCACAACCCCGAUUUCAAAUUCAAGUGUGACGAGCCGGGCUGUACUGCCCAGUUUAUCCGCAUCGACCAGUUACGAAGGCACCAAGUGAGGCACGAAAGACACAGGAAAAAGCAGAAGGCCCGGAAGACACAGGGGCCGAGCGCUGUAUCGCCUGAUUCCCUGGGGACGCCCGGAGCGUCCGUCUUGCUGGACGACGUGGACGAGGAGUGAGAUAGAGGCCCGCGUCUCGAUAUAUAUAUCUGGACAACCAAUACCACAUUGCCUCGCCUCUUGUGUUUUUUUUUUCCCGGUCUUCAAUCCUAUGCUUGGUCCGCCUUUUGAAAUAUUUAAGACGG